CUGUGGAGGUAAGCCAGUGCCGUGCAAACCUGCGCUCAGGCCGCCCGUCAUGCCGCGUUGAGUCCUAUAAAAAAGUGUUUUAAGUGAAUCAUGUGCCAAUCUUGGAGAUAUUUCUUCGCCGGCGUGUUGCUGGCGACAGUCACUGCACAGAAUACAGAGAGCAGUGGAGACUUCACGCCGGUUGUAACUGCAACAUGUAAGAGUGGAGUUAUGUCAAUUAGAAUCAACUUCAGCCUGCCCUUCAGUGGAGUAACACAUGCUCGUGAAUACAGAAAUCCAGCUUGCAUGGCGAUGGGUAAUGGAAGUGAAACUGUGGGUUUCGAUAUUAAUCUCAACGCUGUCAAAGGCUCGCCUGACUAUUGUGGAGUUUUCUGGAAUAACCGAACAGACGAGCGCUCCUUGCCACUAGCAGUACGUGUUCACAGGACAUUGGAGCUUGCUGACGACAAAUUCUAUGUCAUCACAUGUGGCAAGGCCGGCUUUAGAAACGCAAGAAACGAAACGUCAUUGGUUUCUUUACGAUUGCUAAAUUCGGAGGGUAGGAAAGUAUUGAAUGCGGCUUAUGGUCUGCCUUACACACUCCGAGCUGAGAUGAGCAAACCGGACGGAACACACGGCAUUCGCAUGAGAAAUUGUUUUGUUUUCAACAUGCGUAAUAACACCGUGGAUCUUCUCGACAGGAGAGGAUGUCCUGCAAAGCAACAAACCCUAAUCGUUAGGUCUGACACGACCACCGCUGAAAUAGCAAUACCGCAAAUGUUCAGGUUCUCUGACUCCUCACAAAUCAACUUCCAGUGUGACAUAGGAAUUUGUAAAGGCACCUGUGCAAAGAUAGAUUGUUCCAUCGAUGGUCCAGAACCGAACGACGAGGAGGGUUCAGUCACAGCCUCAACCGGAGUUUUUGUCCUAGAUCCAAACGAUAGUGCAGUUGCAGCUCUAGCUUGUGUGGAUGAAGGUGUCCAUCCACUCUGGCUUCUAUACUUGGCAAUCGCUCUUGGAGUCAUGUUCCUGGUGAUGCUCCUCAUCAACUGUUUCCUCUGCACUGCCAUGACGUGCUCCUGCGCUAGGACUGAUGUUAUAGAAAAGGAUCCGUCAGUAGUCGAAGAUUAUGACCCUUACCGCAGCUGGCAUGGAAGUCAAUAUGGAAGUCGAUAUCCAUCCUCCACCAUACACUCAGCGAGAUCGGUAUCUGAUAACAGCGAUCACUACGCAAUAGUACAGUCGAGACCCGGAAGUCGACACUCAGGCAUGCAUCGAAGUCGACAUUGAUAAUAGAAGAAUCUGGAUGGAUAUUUAAUCUAGUCUGGAAUGAUAAAAGGAAAUAAUCGAAAAAGCAACAUUGUAAUUUAUAUACUGUUACACGAGGCGAGUUACUGGCCUGUACCUUUAGUAUAAACUUUUCGAUAGUUUCUCAAGUAUUCGUAUAGUUGAUAUGUUAAUGUCAGUUUGUAGGAAUAAGAUUCAGUCGAGACUUAGUAAGUAUAAUUCCCGAAUGUUCAAAACGUAUUAGUAUGACUUAUGGAAGCCAAUCUUAGCGCUAUCUUUAGCGCUAAAUUUACCCUAAGAUAUUAUGUCCGUCCGUUAAGAGUGCUGAAAAAUUAUAUGUUUUAUAUUUUUAAGUAAGCUACAGCUACUGAACAAAUAUGUUCUUUAAUAUUUAUGAAUUACUUAUUUUGUGCCAUUGCUAUAACAAGCUAAAGCCUGCUUUAACUAACCUCGAAACUGAAUUUUUCAAUAACAACGAAAAUAUUUUUACAAAUAAUUUAGCAUAGGUAUAUGUGCUUCUUAUAUUAUUGGUAUAAACGAUAUUUACUGUUUAAAGAAGUAAAUCAAACUAUAUUGUUGGGUGCUUUAAGUUCAAAGUUUCUAGAAAGGGAAUCGAGUUGACAACUUAAAACAAAACAAACAAAUGAUGGUGCGUUCAUUUUGUUUGUUAAUUGUCAAACGGACCAUCGGAUCGUGACCAAUAUCUAGACACUUGUACCGUCCCUUAUAUGUUAUAGAUCAGCUAUAUACAAAUAUGCGUAGAUAAAUAAGACGUAACACUAUGAAUUUAUGUUUAUGUAUACCGUAGUAGCAGUAUUACUUACAUAAUUGUAAAUAUUUUAAUACUAAUCUACCAAAAUUAUGUUCGUAUAUAUAUAAGACAAUACAAUAUAAAAUAUUGUACAUAAAUAUUUUUUUAAGUGAAACAUAAUAUAUCAACAAAAGCAUAUAGUUAUGAAUUUUAUUUGAAAAGCUAAAUUCAUUUCUAAUUUAAAUAUUUUACAUUGUGAUAUUUAGACGCGAGCGCAUGAUUGAUUGGCAAUUGUAUGCGCAACGCUACGCACGUGUUGGCUUUGGAAAUUUAAUAAAAUUUCAAAUUAACUCAAAUAAGAUCACACCUAUCACAUAAGAUAUAAACAAUGUUUUGUAUACGUAAUUAUAAUUAAAUGUGCUGAACAACGAUUCCGUCCUCUUUUGGUGUUUGUAAAGUUUAUUAGCGAGUUGCAAGAAUAGCAUAAGUAAUAUAAUACAUAAUUUUAACAAUA